AUGCACCCCCCCUCGCCGCUGUCCGCGUCGCGCCGCUCCAGCUGGAGCUCCGAGGCGAGCAGCGACAGUCGGAUGAACCCGUUCGCAUCGCCGUACGACGACUCGCGCGCGCCGUCGCGGGCCGACAGCGAGGACGAGGGACUCAACACGCAGACCGUGUCGGAGAAGUUUAACAUCCAGCCGUCCGCGGGGCUGUUGCUGUAUCCGGAGGAUGUGGAGAAGGAUGACUACCUGCAUAAUCCGGGACCCGAGGACGAGAAUCGGGAGUGCAACAUCUUCACGCGGAGAGGGUUUGUGAAUAUUGGGGGGUUGGCGUUGAUUACGCUGGGGAUCUUGUUCCUGUUCAUCGGGUAUCCGAUCUUGACGUUCGUUCGCAGCGCGCUGGAGCUGAAGGAUGACGGGUGCACGAAUAAUCCGAUGUGCCUGGAUGUCGGUGACGUUCCGAAAAUGAAGAACAUCCGGACGGGCUUGAUUGAUCCGGAUACGCCGGACUCGGUCAAGACACGGACGACCGCGAAGGGUGUGAAGCAGAAUUUGGUGUUCUCCGACGAGUUCAACGUUGAUGGACGGACGUUCUACGAAGGCGAUGACGCAUACUGGACGGCCGUCGACAUUUGGUACGGUGUGACGCGAGACUUAGAGUGGUACGACCCUGACGCCGCCACCACCAAAGAUGGCACCCUCAACAUCCAAUUCGAUGCCUUCCAAAACCACGGCCUCAACUACCGCUCCGCCAUGCUCCAAUCCUGGAACCAAUUCUGCUUCACAGGCGGCACCCUCGAAGCCAGCAUCUCCCUCCCCGGCCGCGGCGACACCAUCGGCUUCUGGCCCGGCUUCUGGGCUAUGGGCAACCUGGGCCGUCCGGGCUACGCCUCGUCCACCGAGGGCAUGUGGCCGUUCAGCUAUCACGACGAAUGUGACGCUGGCAUCACCGCGAAUCAGAGCCAGGUCGAUGGCCUGAGUUCGCUGCCCGGGAUGAAACUUCCCGCGUGUCCGUGCAAGGGCGAGGAUCAUCCGAACCCAGGAAAAUCGCGCAGCGCCCCGGAAAUCGACGUGAUCGAAGCGUCGGUGUCAUUUCUGAAUACGGGCGAGGGAGUGGGGAGCGUGUCGCAGAGUUUGCAGGUCGCUCCGUUCGACAUCUUCUGGCAGCCUGACUAUGACUACACAGAAAUCUACGACCACCGCGUCACCGAAGUCAACGGCUACGCCGGAGGUGUGUACCAACAAGCCAUCUCCGGCGUCUCCAACCUCAACAACGACUGGUAUGACGGCAAAUCCUACCAAUCCUACGCCUUCGAAUACGACCCGGGCGCCGAAGGCUACGUCACCUGGUACAUCGGCGACCAGAAAACCUGGACCGUCGACAGCAAGGCGGUGCGGCAGAACGGCAACGUCGGCCAGCGGCCUAUCCCCACGGAGCCGUUGGCCAUGGUGAUCAACUUCGGCAUGUCGGAGGGGUUCGCGUCGUUGAAUUUGACGGGGCUGGCGACGUUGAUGCCGGCGACGAUGCGCGUGGAUUACGUACGGAUCUAUCAGGAUGAGGGGAAGGAAUCGACGACCUGCGAUCCGCCGGGGUAUCCGACUACGCAGUAUAUUGAGGACCAUCCGAUCUCGUAUCGGAAUCCGAAUAUAACCAUGUGGGAGGAUACCGGGUACGGAUGGCCGAAGAACUCGCUCGUCCACGGCUGUUCAUGA